AUGAGGGGUAUGAUGGUACCUGGGAAGAGGGGUAUGGCUAUGGGGCAGGAUACAGAGGCCGUGGCGGUCACCGUGGUCGUGGACGGGGCAUGUACCGAGGCUCAUAUCAUGGCACUGCAGACUAUAGAGAUGAAGAAUGGAGAAGGGCACCAGUUGAUGGUGAAUAUGAGGGGCGCAUUCGUCGUUCUGGGUCACGAGAGCCAGGUGUUGAUCGUUCAAGAUCCCGGUCACCACGUCGUCGUUCACCAGAUAGUGACUCUGAUGGCUCUCCAAGAAGAAGCAGUGGAAUGCUUGCUUCAGCAAGGACUCUUCCUGAAG